GCCCGGAGUUCUCCAAGUGUAUUGUAUCUUGCUGCUUUACCAAGACGGGAGCUGAUAGGGUACAUACCAUGCAAAAAGACAUAGUCCCACCGAAGACUGCAGAGUUAUAGACAUGCAUAGGAAGCUUACAUGCAGGCACCUCGCCAAUUACUGCUGCCUUGACAAGCCGAUAAGAAAGUUACAGUUCCACAACAACGAGGCACCAGUAUUGUGGAAUCGCGUAUUAUGUAUUUACAUGUGCUUCUGAGUUUAGUUGAUAUGGCAACUGCACGAUCGUCAACAGAAGUUGGUCUUAAUAAGGCCAGUUGUCGCACUUUUCAAAUCGCACCGCACAGAUAGAAGAGAAUAUUCUCAGCACCAGAGUGACUUUUCUUUAGAAGACGGCAUCCGGCUGCCACGGCCCUCGAUCGACAAGAUGCGCGAAAUUAUCCAUAUUUCGACUGGGCAAUGCGGUAACCAGAUUGGCUCUGCUUUCUGGCAGACCAUCGCAAGAGAGCAUGGGCUUGACCAGGAUGGGAGAUACAACGGUACUGACGAGAGCCAACUUGGCAAAAUCGGGGUCUAUUUCCACGAGGGUUCCCGUGGCAAGUAUGUCCCACGAGCCAUGCUCGUCGACCUGGAACCUGGCGUCAUUGAUGCAGUUCGCUCGGGAGGAUACGGCAACUUCUUCCGCCCCGAUAACAUGGUUUUCGGCCAGGCGGGCGCGGGAAAUAACUGGGCUAAAGGACAUUACACUGAAGGCGCCGAACUAGUCGACGAGGUCCUUGAUGUUGUGCGCCGCGAGACAGAGACUUGUGAGAGCAUUCAGGGCUUCCAGAUCACGCACUCCCUAGGUGGUGGCACGGGCGCCGGAAUGGGGACCCUGCUGCUUUCCAAGAUCCGGGAGGAGUAUCCCGAUCGUAUGAUGGCCACGUUCUCCGUGAUCCCCUCGCCCAAGGUGUCCGAGACUGUCGUCGAGCCAUAUAACGCGUUGUUAUCGGUUCACCAGCUUGUCGAAAACUGUGAUGAGACUUUCUGCUUUGAUAACGAGGCGUUGCACGAUAUUUGUAGCCAAAAGCUAAAGAUCGCCCAGCCAACAUACGCUCAUCUAAACCAUUUAGUGUCAACAGUUAUGUCUGGCAUAUCGACUUCUCUAAGAUUUCCCGGCCAGCUCAACUCAGACCUUCGCAAAUUGGCCGUCAACCUGAUCCCGUUCCCACGCCUACACUUCUUCAUAGUUGGCUACGCACCGUUGACCAAUAUGAGCCACGACACUAGGGCAUUUCGGAGCCUCACGGCACAGGGCUUGACCCAACAGAUGUUUGACCCCAAGAGUCUCAUGGCCGCUUGCGACUUCCGCAACGGGCGCUAUUUGACAUGCUCGACAAUCUUUCGCGGUCGGGUUUCCAUGAAAGAAGUCGAGGAUCAAAUCCGUAGCAUACAGAACCGCAACUCGGAAUACUUCGUGGAGUGGAUCCCAAACAACAUCCAGACGUCGCACUGCUCGGUCCCGCCGCGGGGACUCGACCUAUCCAGUACGUUUAUCGGAAACUCGACGGCGAUCCAGGGCAUCUUCAAGCGGCUGGGCGAGCAGUUUUCCGCCAUGUUUCGCCGCAAGGCCUUCCUUCACUGGUACACGAACGAGGGGAUGGACGCGAUGGAGUUUACCGAGGCGGAGUCUAACAUGAACGAUCUUAUCUCGGAAUACCAGCAAUAUCAAGAGGCAUCUGCCGAUGACAACGAUGUUGAGGCGGAAUGGGAAGCAGAGGAAUUUCAAGAGGAAGACAAUGAUGUCAACACCAAAAUGCGUAUGUAGAUACAAGCUGAAGGCACUGUGUAGUUCAAGGGAUCACAAUGCUCCUCCUCCGCGGUCGAGCCCUGAUCUGAGUCAAAAUUAACGCACCACACUCAACGGCAGAGUGAUGAAGCUAAACUUACCUAGCCACGUUAGCCUCAGGCCGCUUUUUCGUCAUGGUACUUGGUACAUGUGUCUCGUAAUGCGUC